GCUCCAGACCCGCAGCGGAGCGGCCGGAGCACGGAGCCACGCAGCGGUCACACUUUCCUCUGGAGCGAACGAACGGCGCGGACGCCGCGGCUCCCGGUCACGGCCCCCGGUAACGGCUCCCGGUAACGGCUCAGGUCGGUCACGGCUCCCGGUCGGUUGGAUUCACGCUCAGCUUUCGGCGUUUUGCGGGUUUUGAUGGUUUCUCCUCCAUUGUUUGUCGAAGUUUCGGACCGUCACGUCUCCGGUUCUCACCGCCACCGACCGACGGACCCUCCGGUUCAACCGGACAACAAAUAACCGAAUAAGUGAACCGUUAUACCCGGAGGCUUCUUCUCCUUUCGACUCCCGCCGGAGACCGAGGAGGACAUGGAGGAGGAGCGGCUUCACGAGACCAGAGACUCCGCUGCAAGUUUACACUCAACUACGGCCACGCACGGGUCCCUGAACGCGGCCACGCACGGGUCCCUAAACGCCGCCACGCACGGGUCCCUGAACGCGGCCACGGACGGGUCCCUGAACGCGGCCACGCACGGGUCCCUGAACGCGGCCACGCACGGGUCCCUAAACGCCGCCACGCACGGGUCCCUGAACGCGGCCACGCACGGGUCCCUGAACGAGGCCACGGACGGGUCCCUGAACGCGGCCACGCACGGGUCCCUGAACGAGGCCACGGACGGGUCCCUGAACGAGGCCACGGACGGGUCCCUGAACGUGGCCACGGACAGGUCCCUGAACGGGUCCCUGAAAGCGGCCACGGACAGGUCCUUGAACGGGUCAAAGAACGGGUCCCUGAAUAGGGCCAUGGACGGGUCAAAGAACGCGUCCUUGAACCCAGCCAUGAACGGGUCCCUGACCCGGUCCCGGCUCUGGUCCCGGACCGGGUCCCUGCUGACGGUGCUCGCAUGCUGCCUGCUGGCGGCCCCCGGCUCCGGCUUCGAGAUCGGCUCCUACGACGCGGAGCGCGGUCGGCCGGCGAAGUGCGAGCCGGUGUCGAUCCCGAUGUGCGCCGGCAUCGGCUACAACCUGACGCGCAUGCCCAACUUCCUGAACCACGGCGACCAGCGCGAGGCGGCGGCCAAGCUGCACGAGUUCGCCCCCCUGGUGGCCUACGGCUGCGACGCGCAGCUGCGUUUCUUCCUGUGCUCGCUGUACGCGCCCAUGUGCACCGACAAGGUGUCGGCCUCCAUCCCGGCGUGCCGGCCCAUGUGCGAGGCGGCGCGGCGCCGCUGCGCGCCCAUCAUGAAGAAGUUCAGCUACACCUGGCCCGACGCGCUGGACUGCUCCCGGCUGCCGACCCGCAACGACCCCAACGCGCUGUGCAUGGAGGCGCCGGAGAACGAGACGCGGGCCGAGGGCAAGAGGGGCGAGGGCAUGCUGCCCGUGGCGCCGCGGCCCCGGCAGCCGGCGGGCGGCGGCGGGCGCGCGGCGCCGGGCGGGUCCGGCUCCUGCGAGAACCCCGACAAGUUCCAGCUGGUGGAGAAGAGCCGGGCGUGCGCGCCGCGCUGCUCGCCGGCCGUGGACGUGCUGUGGUCGCGGCGGGACAAGGCCUUCGCCCUGGUGUGGAUGGCGGUGUGGGCGGCGCUCUGCUUCGCCUCCACCGCCUUCACCGUGCUCACCUUCCUCCUGGAGCCGCAGCGCUUCCAGUACCCGGAGCGGCCCAUCAUCUUCCUCUCCAUGUGCUACAACGUCUACUCCGUGGCCUUCGUCAUCCGCCUGGCGGCCGGCGCCGAGAACAUCGCCUGCGACCGCGAGCACGGCGAGUCGUACAUCAUCCAGGAGGGGCUGGAGUCCACGGGCUGCACCCUCGUCUUCCUCCUCCUCUACUACUUCGGCAUGGCGUCGUCCAUCUGGUGGGUCGUCCUCACGCUCACCUGGUUCCUGGCGGCGGGGAGGAAGUGGGGCCACGAGGCCAUCGAGGCCCACGGCAACUACUUCCACAUGGCGGCGUGGGGCGUGCCGGCGCUGAAGACCAUCGUCAUCCUCACCAUGAGGAAGGUGGCGGGCGACGAGCUGACGGGCCUGUGCUACGUGGGCGGCGCCGACGCCGGCGCGCUCACGGGCUUCGUGCUCAUCCCGCUGUCCUGCUACCUGGUCAUCGGCACCUCCUUCCUCCUCGCCGGCUUCGUGGCGCUCUUCCACAUCCGCAAGGUGAUGAAGACGGGGGGCAGCAACACGGAGAAGCUGGAGAAGCUCAUGGUGAAGAUCGGCAUCUACUCCAUCCUGUACACGGUGCCGGCCACCUGCGUCCUCGUGUGCUACUUCUACGAGCGGCUGAACAUGGACUACUGGAGGCGGCGCGGCCUGCAGACGCCGUGCGGCGGCGCCGGCUGCUCGCUGCGGACCUCGGUGCCGGCGGUGGCCGUGUUCAUGCUGAAGAUCUUCAUGUCGCUGGUGGUCGGCAUCACCAGCGGCGUCUGGGUCUGGAGCUCCAAGACGCUGCAGACCUGGCAGAACCUGUGCAGCCGCAAGCUAACGGAGCGGAGCCGCGGCAGGAAGCCGGGCGGCGGAGCCACGAACUGCCACUUCAAGACGGCCACCGGGCGGCAAGACAGCCCCACACACGUGUGAGACACACACACACACAGACACACACACACACACACACACACACAGACACACAGACACACACACACACACACACACAGACAGACACACACA